AUGGAAGCCUUAAACCAUUUCUCUUAUGUGACUGGGCUGAGUGCAAACUCUGAAAAAUCAAGUUUGUACAUGGCUGUUAUGGAUGAUGAUGCCAAGGCUAACCUAUUGAGUAAAACUGGGUUCAGUGAGGGGAGAUUCCCUAUGAAGUACCUAGGGUUACCUCUAUCACCAAAGAAGUGGAGUAAAUUGGAUUGCCACCAGUUACGUGUGAAGGUCACUGAGAAAAUCAGAGCUGUAUCAUCUAGGCAUCUAUCAUAUGUUGGUAAGUUGCAGGUUAUAAAUGCCAUCUUGUUUUCAUUACACAAUUUCUGGGGUGCUAUGUUCAUUUUACCUGAGAGUAUAUUGAAGGACGUGGAUAAAAAAUGUAGAGAAUUCCUACGGGGUAGCAAUGAGGAAACAAAGAAGGUGUCCUUGGUUGCUUGGGAAAAACUGUGCAAACCAAAGAAGGAAGGUGGAUUAAACAUCAGAAGCUGCAGGAAAUGGAAUUUGGCCUUGGUGGGUAAAUUAAUUUGGAUGCUGAUAACUAACAAGGAAGUCCUGUGGGUCAGGUGGGUGCAUGGGAUAUAUAUGAAACCUGAUGAGGAGUUUUGGAGCCAUGUUCCAUCUGGUAACUGUAGCUGGUACUGGAGGAAUAUUCACAAAGUAAAACUAGGAAUGCAGCAAUGGUACAGCACAGAUAGAUAUGUCCUUACUACUAGUGGAGUUUACUCUGUCUCACAAAGUUAUCUAUCACUGAUUGAACAUCGAGAAAUAAAGGACUGUCAUGAGCUUAUCUGGAGCAAAAUGUUAUCGCCUAAGCAUAGAUUUAUUCUAUGGCUAGCAGCUCAAAAUAGGCUCUUGACAAAAGACAGGAUGCUUGGCAUGGGAAUAGAAUGUGAGAUUGCAGACUGUGUAUUAUGUGAUAAAGAAGAAUUGGAGAAUCCACAACACUUAUUUGUUGAAUGUGUAUGGUCACAAGCAGUAUGGAAUGAACUUAUGCAAUGGCUGGGACUAGCAGUACCACAACAAGAUUUAAAAAGACCAUUGAGGUGGGUCAAGAAGAAGAAAUGGUGCAGAAUGAUGAAGGAAGUCUUGGUUGCUGUGCAUGGAGCAGUGAUCUACUUCACCUGGCAAGCCAGAAAUGGAAGAAUUUUCAGGAAACGUAAUGAGAGCCCAAGUGUUACAGUACAGCAGAUAAAAUUUAUAGUCAAGGAAAGGAUAGGAAUGUUUAUAGGGUCAAAAUAA